GAAGCAAUGCUGGCAAAGACAUUUCUUUCGAGACAUGUCCUUGCUUCGAGGUGUUUCUCAUCAGUUACUUCAAAGACACUUCAAAUUGGAGAUGCAUUAAGAGAAACAAGAGUCUUCUCAAGUGAAGAUGUUAAAGCUUAUGCUGAGGUGAGCCAUGAUUGGAACCCACUCCAUUUCGACCAAGAAGUUGCUCGUAAAGCCGGAUUCGAGAAUCGCCUUGUCCAUGGGAUGCUCGUCUCUUCUAUGUUUCCCCGUAUCAUCUCUACCCAUUUCCCUGGAGCAGUAUAUGUAUCUCAAACUCUGCAGUUUCGAUCACCGGUUUACAUAGGGGAUGAAGUUCUCGCAUUGGUUCAAGCCACAGCUUUGAGAGAAAGCAAGAAUAAGUUCAUUGUCAAAUUCUCAACCAAAUGCUUCAAGAAGAAUCACGGUGAAGUUGUUGUUCUUGAUGGUGAAGCUACUGCAAUUUUACCGAACCUCGAGAUGCUACAGCCAAGUCCUUCGGAAUGA